AUGACGUCACCAACUCAAGAACAAUCCAAAUAUUUAUCUACGUUAGAAGAUGUGGCUAAUAUGAUACGGAAAGCGCAAAUUAACAUGAAAAAGUGUCCUAAACAGCGAUUGACAGCAGGUUAUGUUAAAGCGAGAAUAAAAGCCAUAGAAGAAGAUUGGGAUGUGUUCAAACAAACGCAUAGCAGCCUUAUGAAGUGUACACCACGAGAACAGCGGGGCAUAUUGCCUUACUUUCUUAAUGAAGAAUAUUUUACGUACGAAGAAAUGUACCUCUGUUUACAUGCGGAUUUAUCCGAUCUCCUAACCAAUUUGGAAGCACAACAGAGAUCAUUAGAAUCGUCCAACAUGUCUGCUUCAUCACACGAAGGUCAGCUACCGUUUGCUAAGCUACCGAGAAUACAGUUGCCUACCUUUACAGGCCGAUAUGAAGAAUGGCCUACGUAUAAGGAUAUAUUUACAGCGCUCGUACAUAACACUUCAAUUAGCGAUGUUCGUAAGUUGCAUUAUUUGAAGACUAGCGUUGCCGGAGAGGCUGAGACUUUAUUACGUCAUAUCCAAAUUACGGAAAGUAAUUAUGCAAUGGCAUGGGAACUACUUGAACGUCGUUUUGGUAACAAGAAAAUGAUUGUGUCGUCAGUUUUGAAGAAAUUUUGCUGCCAGAAAAAGAUAACCAAUCCGUCAGCUACACAAAUUAAAGCGUUGCUCGAUAAUUCCGUUGAAUGCAUCAAUAGUCUGAAUAACAUGAACAUAAACACCGCCACUUGGGACCCCAUUAUAGUGUUUCUAGUGGCGCAGAAAUUAGAUUCAGAUACGUUAAGAUGUUGGGAAGAGGAAGCUUACAAGGAGAACAGCGACGAGUUGUCUACGUGGGUGGCGUUGAAAAGGUUUCUCGAGUCUAAGUUUCGUACGCUCGAGUUAAUAGCACCUACCACUUCUACAGUAGCAAAAGAGAAGACACAAGGUCACAAGACGUAUCAUGUCGUAGCAAAGGACGCUGAGAACGCUAAGGGUGACUCUGCGUUCACCAAUAGUAGUUCAUCACCUAGUUGUGUGUAUUGCAAGGGUAACCAUUACAUUUAUAAUUGUAAAGAGUUCGCAAAACAAACUGUACUACAACGACGUGAUUUUGCGAAAACCAAAAACCUUUGCUUCAACUGCUUAGUCCCAAACCACACAGUCUUUAAAUGUAAACAAAAUAAGAAAUGCCGAGUCUGCGGAAGAAAACAUCACUCUCUCUUGCAUGAAGCAAAAGAAACAACACAAGAGAGUGACAAGGAAGAAAAUAACAAACAGGAAAGUAACAAACAAGAACAACCAACAGAACGGGUCACAAGCGCCCACUCCAAGGAUCAAUCUGGUCGACGAGUGUUAUUGGCAACAGCACUAGUCUCCAAGGAUCAAUCUGGUCGACGAGUGUUAUUGGCAACAGCACAAGUACAUGUUACAUCAAGCGACGGCGAAACACAUGUCUUGCGAGCAUUGAUCGACCAGGGCUCAGAGGCUUCACUUAUAUCUUCAAGAGUAGUCGAGCUCUUGAGAUUGAAGAAGACAACUAUCAAAGGUGUAGUCUCAGGUGUAGGAGAAGGAAACUUAGUUCCAUUAAAGCAUGUAGUGGACCUGUCAGUUACAUCGCGAUAUGAUAGAAUGAAUGUUAUUCAAGUAAAGGCAUAUGUCUUGAAAUCACUAUCUGCGAAAUUACCUUCAAAACAAAUCACGAUGGACUGGCCAGCCCUCCAAAACCUAUUAUUGGCUGACCCUACGUAUAACACACCGGGCAAGAUUGAUAUACUACUCGGUGCAGACGUCUUUUGCAAAAUCAUAGAAGAUGGUUUAGUAAGAUGUUCUGAUGGCAUAGUGGCUCAGAAAACUACUUUGGGGUGGAUACUUUCAGGUCAAAGCGAGGACAAAUCAAUUAGCGACGAACACAAAAUAACAACAUUACAUGUGACAAGUAUGGUAUCAGAAGACAAUGAUCUAUUGAAAAGUUUCUGGGAAAUUGAAACAGCUUUAUACAAGAAAAGACAACUAUUUACAAAGGAAGAAGAGAUGUGCGAAGAAAUUUACAAGAAGACAACUAAAAGAAUAAACGGUAAAUACACAGUGCACUUACCUUUGCGACAAGGAAUAGAAGAGACACUAAAAUUAUGUGGAGACACGAAACAACAAGCCGUUUAUAGAUUCAAACAACUGGAGAAGAAGUUUCAAAGGUCUCAGAGUUUUAAGUCAGAUUAUUCUAAGGUAAUUCAGGAGUAUAUUGAAAUGGGUCAUUUGAAAAGAUCUAAUUCUAAUGAUGACAACAAAUCAGUCUACCUCCCUCAUCAUGCGGUAAUACGCGAAGACAAGGACACAACAAAGGUUCGAGUAGUUUACGACGCGUCAGCAAAGGGUUCUAAUGGACAUUCUUUGAACGACACCAUGAUGAUCGGACCUGUAUUACAACCAGACUUACGAAGCUUAAUUAUAACAUGGCGAACACAUCGGAUAUGUGUUGUGGGAGACAUAAUCAAGAUGUACCGAAUGAUUGACAUGACACCAGAGCACACAAAUUUACAACGAAUAGUCUGGCGAAAUAAUCCAGAAGACCAACUAGAAAGCUACAACUUGAUGACCGUAACCUUCGGUACAGCUGCAGCCCCCUACCUAGCUGUACGAACGUUACUACAACUCGCCGAAGAUGAAGCACUUGAAUUUCCAAAUACAGCACCUGUAAUAAAGAAUUCGUUUUUUAUGGAUGAUUUGAUGACAGGAAAUGACACUGAAGAAAAGGUAAUGAAAAUGUGUGAGGAAAUAAAGGUGAUACUAAGUAGAGGGAAUUUUAAAAUGCAAAAGUGGUCUAGCAACUCAGAAAGGGUAUUAAAGGGAUUACAGGAAAGGAAUAAUGCAAAUAGUACUACGAAGGAUGGAAUAGAGAUAAAACUAGACAAAGUUUUAAAAAUUCUAGGAUUAACUUGGGAUAGGAAGGAUGACACGUUCAAAUUCACAAUUAACUUACCUGAAGCGCGAUGUCCCGUAACGAAGAGAGCUAUUCUAUCUGAUGUAGCAAGGCUAUUUGACCCAUUUGGAUGGCUAUCUCCUGUGAUUGUUGACGCUAAAGUUUUUAUACAAAAACUGUGGCUGUGCAACAUGGGAUGGGAUGACGAGCUGCCAUCACAGUUAAUAGACGAAUGGAUGACAUAUAGAAGGGAAUUAAUACAUCUGCAAAACAUCGCAAUACCACGCUGGUUUAAAACUACACCGAUUAAUUAUGAAAACAUUGAAUUGCAUGGUUUUGCAGAUGCAUCUAUGAAAGCAUAUGCUGCCGUAACUUACCUGAAGGUUAUUGAAGGGAACACAGUGCAUAUCACAAUCAUCGCGUCUCGUACCAAGGUUGCGCCGUUGAAGCAAUUAUCAAUUCCAAAACUGGAAUUAUGCGCCGCAGCAUUGUUAGCAGAAUUAAUUAAUGACCUGAAAGACCUAUUGAAAAUACCUAAAAACAAAAUCUUCGCGUGGACUGAUUCAAUGGUGGUUAUGUCUUGGUUGCAAUCUCAACCUAGUCGUUGGCGAACAUUUGUCGCAAACCGAGUAGCAGACAUAACAAGAAUUCUAGAUAAUGACCGAUGGAGAUUUGUUCAAUCCACCGAUAAUCCAGCCGAUAUCGCUACAAGAGGCGUGAAAGCAAGCGACCUGGCUUCCUUUGAUUUAUGGUGGUCUGGACCUGAAUGGUUAAAACACAAAAAUGUCGAUACACAUACCUAUGAAAUUCCACAAACUGAAUUAGAAUUGAAAGCAUCAUCGUUUCACACAAAUGUAGAAGACAAACCAAUCUGGGAAUAUUUUUCUUCAAUUUCUAGAAUGAAAAGAAUACUGGCUUACUGCCGAAGAUUUAGAAAACAAGAAGGAGAAACAAGAGAAAAAUAUUUAACAGUAAAUGAGCUAGACAAGGUAUUGGAAUUAUGUAUAAAAUAUUAUCAAGGCUUAGUUUAUCAGAAGGAUAUUGAAGAUUUACAGACUGAUGGAAACGUAAAGAAAAGGAGUUCUCUUAUCUCACUUGCUCCGUUUUUGGAUAAAAACGGUAUUAUAAGAGUGGGAGGAAGGUUAGAAAACGCCGAGAUAGCUGAUAUUACAAAACACCCGAUUGUAAUACCAUGUAACCAGCAUCUAACUAAGUUAAUAGUCCAAGAAGCUCACCUUAGAACACUACAUGGAGGGAUACAAGCGAUGAUGGCUUAUGUGAGAACGAGAUACUGGGUGAUAGGUUUGAAGUCUGUGGUCAGGAAAUGUAUUCACAACUGUAAGACGUGCAUUUUGGAUAAAGCGAAGGUGAAAUUUCAAUUCAUGGGACAACUGCCAGCUGUUAGAGUCAAUCAAUAUCGGCCAUUUAUGAAUAGUGGAGUUGAUUACGCUGGACCAGUUUUAAUGAGAACCUCGAAGGGUCGCGGACACCACGCCACAAAGGGCUAUAUUUGUUUGUUUGUGUGCAUGGCCACUCGCGCAAUCCAUUUAGAAGCUGUCACAGACCUAACAACACAAGCCUUUAUAGCCGCAUUUAGGAGAUUUGUUGCGCGCCGAGGUCAUUGCUCGAACUUGUGGAGCGACAACGGCACAAAUUUCGUUGGCGCUGCGAAGGAAUUGAAAGAAAUGUUCCGGAAGGGCAAGAAUAAUAUCGCGAAAGAAGCGGCUGAACUUCUAGCUAAUGAUAACACAACAUGGCACUUUAUACCACCAAGGAUGCCCACAUGUGGAGGGCUAUGGGAAGCGGGAGUUCAGUCUGCUAAAAGACACCUCUUUAGGAUAAACAAGGACAUGAAGCUAACCUAUGAAGAAAUUUCUACGCUCUUAGCACAAAUCGAGGCAUGUCUCAAUUCGCGCCCUCUUUAUCAAAUGGACAACACUAUAAUGCCACUUACUCCAGGGCAUUUUUUAGUUGGUGAGCCCUUGAUUUCGGUUCCUGAUACAAAUUAUGAAUGCCAACCUGUCAGUCUUUUGACUAGGUGGCAAGUUAUACAGAAAAUGACUCAAGAUUUCUGGCAUCGAUGGCGUUCAGAGUAUCUUAACACACUCCAACAAAGAUACAAGUGGCAAGUGAAGGUUCCGGAGCCUGCUAUUGGAGAUGUCGUUAUCAUUAAAGAGGAUAACUUGCCGCCUACGAAAUGGUUGUUGGGACGAGUGAAACAAAUACAUCCUGGAAAGGACAAUCUCGUAAGAGUAGUAACAGUUCAGACAGCAGGCAACAACGAGUUGAAAAGGCCUCUAUACAAAUUGAUACCGCUUCCUAAAGAACCUAAAGUUUAG